AUGCAAGCACAAGCGGCAUUUCGAAUGUUCACCUCAGUUGAAACUCAAAAUAAUCUUAAUCCCGUAAACUUAGUUACUUACCCUAAUGACUUUAUUGGCGUUCGAUUAUCUUAUAAUUUAACUUGUUCAAAUAAUACUAUUACAAUAAUUCCUCUUCGUUUCAUUUCUUUAAAUGGAACGUUUAAUAUUGUAAAUUUAAAUUAUACUUUACCUCCAGUUAAUUAUUGUCCUACAAAUCUGACAAAUACUACCUCGUCAGACAAAAUUAAUAUUUUUACAUUACCAGAUAAUUUCUUAUUAAUUCGUCAUUGGAGACUCCUUGAUGGCUCUUCAAAUAUGGUUGAAUAUUAUGGCCUUAUCACUUCAAAUUUGGGUUUUAUAACAAAUAA